AUGAAUAAACUUUGGUGGAAUGGUCCAACUUCAUUUUCGGGAGAAGUUAGUUUGGAUAAGGCAGUCGUUCUUGCGAAUAAUNCCGAAACAAAACGUACCAUUCCUCAGUUGGAAUUAGCAGCAGCUUUAGAAGGAAGUCGUUUAAUGGCUAAAGUUUUAAAGGAGUUACCACAUUUGAAGAUUGGUAAUUUAUUCUCUGAUUCAAUGGUUACGUUGGCGAGAAUUUCUAGUAAUCCGAAAAGUCUUGGUGCUUUUGAGUCGAAUCGUAUAAGAGAAAUUCAAAGUUUUGGCAAUCUUCAUAUUUGGAAAUUUAUCCCAACCAAGAUUAAUCCAGCCGAUUGUUUAUCUCGUGGUUUGUCUUUGGAAAAGUUGAAGAUGAAUAAACUUUGGUGGAAUGGUCCAACUUCAUUUUCGGGAGAAGUUAGUUUGGAUAAGGCAGUCGUUCUUGCGAAUGUUAGAAGAAGUUCAUCAGAAAUUUCUAUUGAAACAAAUAUAUUUGAAAGAAUCUGUAAUCUCAAAUUUAAGAAGGCAUUAUUGGUGAUCGAAAGAUUGUUAGCUUGGAUGUCUUCAAGAGUAGAAGAUUCCCAGAGAAUCCAUUAUCAACCAUUACUUCAACUACUAAAAAUAGUCCAAAAGAAUCUUUUCAAAAAUGAAUUUCAACAUCUGUUUCGUCAGGAGCCUUUUCCUAAAGAUUCUCCGCUUCAUAAAUGGCCAAUUUUCUUAGAUGAUGACGGCUUAAUUCGUUUAANCAUUUUCGGGAGAAGUUAG